CAGCGCGGGCACCGGGCUGAGCGCCCCGGGCACCGGCCUCGGAGAGCGCUGUGUGUGGAGUGCCCCCUGCCCAGCCCGGGCACCGGCACCCAGCCGAGCGCCCCCGGCACCGGACUGGCGAGCACUGUGGCCUGAGACCCCGACGCCCGGGCACCCGGGAGCCCUGCGGACUCGGCACUGGACUGUGUCCCCCUGUGUAUUGGUGCUGGGCUGGGCUUUGGCAAACACCCCGUCCGGCUGGAUCGGCGCUGGGCACCUGCUCGCUGCUGGCCGGGCGCCACUGAGGCUCGGAUCUGCCCCUGCCCUGCUCCGGCCAUCUGCCCUUCCUCUCUCACCUUGGCAACAUGCUGCUCCGGCCGGUCCGCCUUCUGCACGGCUCCGUCACUCCCCUCUUCUGCCUCCUGGUGCUGCUGGUGACCUUCCCCCCGGGGGCACCCACCUGCCCCAUGCUGUGCACCUGCUACUUCUCCCCACCCACAGUCAGCUGCCAAGCCAACAACUUCUCGUCAGUGCCCCAGGUGCUGCCCCCCAACGCCCAGCGCCUUUUCCUGCAGAACAACCUGAUUGGGGCACUGCGGGCGGGCACCUUUGGGCCCAGCACCAUCACCCUCUGGCUGUACUCCAACAACAUCUCCUCCAUCCAGCCCGGCACUUUCCGCCACCUUCCCGCCCUGGAGGAGCUGGACCUGGGGGACAACCACCACCUGCGCAGCCUGGACCCCGACACCUUCUGGGGCCUGGAGCGGCUGCAGUCCCUGCACCUCUACCGCUGUCAGCUCAGCAGCCUGCCUAGCACCCUCUUCCGCAGCCUCUUCAGCCUCCAGUACCUGUACCUGCAGGAGAAUAACCUGCUCUACCUCCAGGACGACCUGUUUGUGGACCUGGCCAACCUGAGCCACCUCUUCCUGCACGGGAACAAGAUCCGUGUGCUGUCGGAGCACGUGUUCCGGGGUCUGGGGGGUCUGGACCGGCUGCUGCUGCAUGUCAACCGGCUGCACUCGGUGCACCGCUGGGCCUUCCGGGACCUGGCCAAGCUCACCAUCCUCUACCUGUUCAACAACAGCCUGGCGACACUGCCAGGUGAGACACUGGCCGAGCUGCCCUCUUUGGAGUUCCUGCGCCUCAACAACAACCCCUGGGCCUGCGACUGCCGCGCCCGCUCCUUGUGGGCCUGGUUCCAGCACACCCGUGUCUCCAGCUCAGAUGUGGCCUGCACCACCCCACCUGAGCGCCAAGGUCGUGACCUGCGCCACCUGAGCCUAGCUGAUUUCAGAGACUGCCCUCCUGCCAAUCACGCCCCAGCACGGCCUGCGGCGGGCACCAAGCCCAAGUGGGGUGGGGAGGCCGAGGUGGGUCGGCCCCACAGCAACAGCUCCUCCAACCACUUGUACGGGCUGGGGGAAGCCGGGGCGCCCCCUGCCGACCCCUCCUCCUUCUACCGGGACCUGCCGGCCAGCGACAUCCGCAGCCCCAAGUAUGACUCCCCCACGGAGGUGGACUACUGGGCCGGCUAUGGUAGUGAGGAGGGCCGGCUCAAGGAGGGCUGCACCGGGCCCGGCUGUUCCCCAUUGGACUCUGGGGCCUGUCGGCUAGGUAUAGUGCCCGCAGCCCUCCCCCCACUCCUGCUGCUGCUGGGCCCCCCUGGGCUCUGACCCGGCCCCACCAGACUGCCCCGGACUGAGCAAGGACAGCGAUUAUGGGAGGACAGGCCCUAAAUAACUGCCCCCAUGGCACUGAGACUGAGGGGAGCAGCCCUGAGCC